AUGAAUUUUCGGCUGCCAGUAUCGGAUUAUUACUUUAAUAAUCCAUACUUUGCCCAAAAGUCUAGAACGCCAGUAUGGACAAAAGCAAGCGUAGAACAAAUGGUCUCUUUGGCAAAGAGAGGGGCUUUAGGAGGAAAUUAUGGAAGUUCCGAAACAAACGCGUUAAGAGAUGGAAUGCAGCAUGCUCCUGGCAUCAAAGGUGGGCGUGUCUUAGUCAUAGGGUCUGAGAAUCCAUGGGUUGAGGCAUGCGUAUUGGAGGCUGGCGCGAAUGAAGUUGUUACUCUUGAAUAUGGAGAAAUUAAAUCACUACAUCCGCAAAUUAAAACUUUCACUCCUAGAGAAUUUAGCAAGGCUUUUUUGAACAAUAAACUUGGUAAAUUUGAUGCUGUCGUAACAUUCAGUUCUGUGGAACAUUCUGGACUAGGUAGAUAUGGCGAUGGACUUAAUCCUUGGGGAGAUAUCAUAGCAAUCGCCAGGGCAUGGUGUGUUACACAGAGAGGGGGAUCGCUGACUAUAGGAGUAACGUACGAUAAUGAAAAAGACUAUAUUAGAUAUAAUAGUGAGCGAUGGUAUGGGAAAAUAAGAUACCCAUAUCUCGCAACUAAUUGGAAACAACACUACAGAGGGAAUGGACUUCAGAGAAUCCAUGUGUUCACAAAACCAUAA